ACAUGGAGACGACCAACCCAUUAGGUCUUUUCUUGGUCUUCCUCUUCUUAUCAGGAAAAAUUCUUGUGGAAGCGUGCAAUUUCUAUAUUAGCAACAAAUGUCCGUAUCCAAUAUGGCCAGCAAACGCAGCAAAUGAAGGCCACCCGGUGUUAGCCUACGGCGGCUUCUACCUUCCGCCAGGGGAACAACGAAAAAUCCAAGCUCCGGCCAAUUGGGUAGGCCGAAUAUGGGCUAGAACCGGGUGCAAAUUCGGCUUUGAUAAAAUCCCUGCUUGUGAAACUGGAGAUUGUGAAGGAAAAUUAUGGUGCAAUGGGCUUAUUGGAAGCCCACCCGUGACAUUGGUCCAAUUUGCAUUACAGCCCGAUAAAACUAAACCAAGUUUUUAUGAUGUUAGCUUAGUGGAUGGUUAUAAUAUUCCGGUCUCAGUAACGACAAUACCAACCUCAUCCAAAUGUCAUAUUGGAGGGUGCAAAAAGGAUGUUAAUCAUAUUUGUCCUCAAGAACUCGAGGUCCUUAAUGAUAAAGGUGAAGUCGUCGCGUGCAAAAGUGCUUGUUUGGCUUUCAAUAAUGACAACUUUUGUUGUCGCAACGACUAUGGGACUCCAAGUAAAUGCAAACCGAGUGUGUAUUCGAGGAUUUUCAAGGAAGCAUGCCCAUCUUACUAUAGUUAUGCAUACGAUAAUCCGCCACCGUUGGUUAAUUGUGCUUCGGAUGAUUAUUUGAUAACAUUUUGUCCAUCGACCAAAUGGAGUAGUGAAGUUGAAUCUGUAUAGAAUCACUAUGAGUACAUUUGGAAUGUAUUCGUUAAAUGGUAUGCUAGCUAAUGGCCUAUAUAAUAUUUGCAUUACUUGAACUUUGAAUUAUAAUAAGGUUUUGAACAUUAUUAUU